CUCUACUUUUACUUGGGCUUGUGUUUACAUUACCAGUACCCCUUCGGUUUGGGUUCACGCUUGACAUUUUUGGGAAACUUUCCACUACACCUCUUCCAUUUGUGUAUCGCCCAUUGCCGAUCGAGGGUGGCGCUCUGAUGCUGGCGACCUGAUCAUCUACUGAUAUCACGUCAAUCUCGUCUCUACUUCCUUCCCCUCCUCCCCCUCCUUCAUUUGUAACUGUCCCCCAUAUCCUCAUUCCUCCACGCCUCUAAUGGGUAACAAUCCUUCCAAGGGCCCCGCUGGGGAUAGCCCGUUGACUUCGGGCCACUCUACCCAUGUGGGUUCUACGGGUGAUAAGAAAGUGACUCGCCGCCCAUCGCUCAAUGCUCCCUCGGGAACACCAAAAGCUACCGCAGCGGACCCGUCCGCCUCGAAGGAGACUGCAACUGUCCAUUCGACUUCGCAAAAUCAGGCAUCAGUUCAACAGCGUCUUCAAUCGCGCAACGCUACAGAUUCCGCGACACGAAAUGUAUCCGAUCCCAAGAUAACAGAGUCCCGUCACAAAGACAUACACUCUCCCGACCCGUCAAACCCUGUCCAGGUACCAGCCUCACGAGCUAGCGCCAGAACUGAUCACUAUCCAUCUGUAGCGCCUUCUGCUCCUCCCCUCAAUGCCUAUUACAGCGCAUCCGCCCAUCUCCAGCGGCCACCUCGCAUGCCUCUCCCGAUUGGUGAUGCCACAGCGACGCCAGGUUCGCCCUAUCUGAGCUCGCCUCCUUCGGAUCGACUGUUAGAUGACCAUGCAGGUCGAGGAGAUCCCAACCUGCGCGAUACCACCAUCGAAGAUGAUGAAGUUGUGGAUGAGCUUGAGCCGUAUACUAGCAGUGGUGUAGGCAGGCCUGUCCCGAUAACCAUAGAAUGGACAGCGCCUGGAGACAAGGUAUAUGUUACUGGAACAUUUGUCAACUGGGAGAAAAAGUUCCGUUUACACAGAAGUGAAAGUAACCCCGGUGUUAUGUCGACCAAAUUGAAUCUCCGCCCUGGAACCCACCAUCUAAAAUUUAUAGUGGACGGUGAGAUGCGUGCAUCAGACAGUCUUCCUACUGCAGUAGACUUCACCAACCACCUCGUUAAUUACAUCGAAAUAAGCGCCGAUGAUACGAAUCGAUCCCGAAGUGGAAGUGACAAAACAUCUCAAAACAACGUUCCUCCCGGUGUCCAUCCUCCGCAUGUUUUGCCCACCCGAGUAAAGUCAGAGCAGGUCGGAUCCGAAUCAGCUGUGGAAGACAAGCCGGAUGAGCCGGAAGAGAUUCCUCUCGGGGAUUUCCGGGGCAUAGUACCGCAAUUCCUUGUCGACUUAGACAGAGAAGAUGAAACUCAGGAGAGUCCCGCUUAUCAACAAGCUGUUAAUAUCAUUGGCGAUGCACCUACGCCUCCAAGUCUCCCCCUUUUCUUGGGAAAGUCGAUAUUAAACGGUACUACACCGAUGAAGGACGAUAGCAGCGUGCUCAACUACCCCAACCACACUGUUCUAAACCAUCUAGCUACGAGCAGCAUAAAGAAUGGCGUCCUUGCUACCAGUGUAACGACAAGGUAUAAACGGAAGUACGUAACAACUAUCUUGUAUAAGCCAACGGGGGACAUCACAGGAUAAAGGUGAUCCCUUGAGGGGCCAUUGCGCCUCCUCUGUUCGUCCAGGACCGGUACUUGACUCCCUACGACAAGACCCUACUGAACGUUCAUCGCCAAAUGCAUCGCGACCCCAGCCCGUCUCUGAAAUCCCCGAGACAAUGUCUUCUAGCAAAUCCAAAAAUUACUUUGGACCUGGAACUGUCCAUGACUUGAGGUAUCCUCUUUCAUUUUUAUUACUAUUAUUAUUUUAUUAUCGACGAUAAACGCACAUACAUCGGAAUGCCAAGCAUAUAGCCUUUUAGGCACUUGGUAACGGAUUGAGCAUCUGGCCGCAGUUGUUCGACUUUCCAUCUCAUUUACGGCGCUUUGAUUACUAUUACUUUUGGAGUUUCUGGGGAUGCAUAAUUAGCGAUAAGAACUACGUGACAACAUGUCUUGUUCUUUUCCCCUUCAGCUACCCAUGCGACGCAGUCGCAUAUGCAGCAGUGCUUCUUGGCCACGCUUCAAAUGCAUAAUGUGUGCUAGCAUAGAGCGAAUCCAAUACCAUCUGGGGUGAUGUUGGGUCAUCGACGAAUGAAUCAUAUACCACUACUCCUUCCCGG